AUGUUAUCGUACCUUGUUGCCAAGUUCCUCACAGAGAAAGGAUACACAAAUGAAGGAGAAUACAUCAGAGUUGUUGCAGGAUGGCAUGAGGCCGCAGAUGGUAGAGGUCUUUCUGUACUUGAGCGAUGCAGGAAGAACUAUGCUAUGCUCAACAUGAUCCUGGAUCAUUGGAUGCCUUGGCGUAAAACUACACCCAGUUUUGCUACUAUCGACAUUAACAGGUAUUUACAAAAGAUAACAAUCAUUCAUCCAGACGCGCCUUGAUUUUAGCAGCGCACCCCACUACUAUGUGAGCUACUUAAUUAUUUUAAUUAUAUGUUCUUUAAAAUAGGAAUGCACCGGAACUCGGUUCCAGCUGGUUAGUUCCGGGUGGAACUCCGAUUUGUGAGAGUUUUGGUCGAAUUAAUAAAUCAAGCAUGGCCGGAACCGGAACUCUGAUAUUUUCAUAUAGAUAGAAUAUCAAACGUUUGUGUCGAACAGAAAUUCACUUUAAUUUGGACUACACAAGGAAAAUAUACUCCGUUAACGCUUCAUUAUGACGUUAAGUAAGAGAGGUCGCAAAUGUUAGAAUAAAAAGAUCCUUGAUGACUCGAAGUGUCUGCCCGUCAUAUAUGGUUUAAUAAAUCAGUUCCUGAACUUAAACAAUUGUUUCCGGUGCACCUUUAUUUUAAACCUGUUGAAAGCUAGAUAAUUUUCCUGCAAAGGCGCUAAGUAGGACCAUGUUAUAUAUUAUUGUUCAUCGCAUUUAUGUAUUUUUAUUAUUUCAUUGGGGAGGAAUCCCCAUCCCCUCCCAAAAGGUAAAUUUUGGGAAAGCAUUUCCUCCCAAAAUGGAGCAUGACUGUUUUUAGAACAUUUGUGAUGAUUUUGAAACUUUUGAGUUUUCGGAAUUCAUUUGCUGCCUCCAGGCCCUUGUGACAUAUAAUGUGUUAGAGGGGAAUUACCCCCAAAUAAAAAACCCCUGAAAUUUGUGAGGAUCUCCAACCCAAGUAUCAAAACCUAAAAUACCCAUGUAUUUAACAAUUUAGAUCAAUUAAAGGAAUCUGUGGAUUCUCAAGAGAGACAGUUAUUGCUGUAACAACUAACAUCGAAAGCAUUAAAUACCGCGCGGAAGAGAAAGUGAAAGGAUUGGAUAUCCCGAGCAUCCCAGAGCUGGCACUGCAGAUGAUGUAG